CCUGGCCCCUGCCUGCCCUUUUCUUGAUUCCUUGAUAGCCUGGUCUCCAAUCGAUGGGCCCUCCCCUAUAAAUUGGCAGGCAUCACAAAAGUUGAGCUUUCCAUCACACGGGCCAAUCAGCUCACAGCUCUGCACAGAAGCACAGCCAGGAGGCAAGCAGAGCAGAUUCUUGAGCAGUCAAGCAGACCCAACAAAGAUCACCCAUCCGUCAAUCACCCAGAUCAACCAGCCAAAAUGUCUGCCCCCCAGGAGAACAAGACCGCUGAUGCCGCCGUCAACGACGUGACUGCCGCUCUGUCCAACACUGCCAUUACUGAGAAGCCAGCCGAUGCCAACGCCCCCAGCCCUGCUGAGGGUUGCCGCCUCUACAUCGGAAACCUGGCCUACGCGACAACCGAGGAGGGGUUGAAGGAGUUCUUCAAGGGCUACCUUGUCGAGGGAGUCACCAUCCCCAAGAACCCAAGAACCGAGCGCUCUGUCGGCUACGCCUUUGUCGACCUCUCGACUCCUACCGAGGCCGAGCGAGCUAUUGCUGAGCUCUCUGGCAAAGAGAUCCUGGAACGCAAGGUCUCUGUCCAGCUUGCUCGCAAGCCCGAGGCCAAUGCCGAGAAGACGGAUGCCAACGGAGAGGGCGAGGGUAACCGCCGCCGCCAGUCCACCCGCGGACGUGGUCGUGGUGCCCGCGCUCGUGGCGGACGGGCCGGCCGAGAGACCAAGGACAAGAAGGAGGAAGGCGCUGAGGGCGACGCUGCGGCCCCCGCCGAUGCCGCAGCAGACACUGAGGUUCAACCUUUGCAAGACAUCACCAACAAGACCAACAACACUGACCCUGAUGGCAAGACUAAGACUCAGGCUGCUCGCCCCGCACGUGAGCGGCGCGAACGUGGCCCCCCGGCCGAUGGCAUCCCCUCCAAGACCAAGGUCAUGGUGGCUAACCUGCCCUACGACCUGACCGAGGAGAAGCUCAAGGAGCUCUUCAGCGCCUACCAGCCUUCUUCUGCCAAGAUUGCGCUGCGUCCCAUCCCUCGCUUCAUGAUCAAGAAGCUCCAGGCACGCGGUGAGGCCCGCAAGGGUCGCGGCUUCGGUUUCGUGACCCUGGCGUCGGAGGAGCUGCAGCAGAAGGCCGUCAACGAGAUGAACGGCAAGGAGAUCGAGGGACGAGAGAUCGCUGUCAAGGUCGCUAUUGACAGCCCCGACAAGACCGACGAGGAGGCCAACGCUCCUACCAACGAGGGCGAGAACGGCACCGAACAGGCUGCUGCCCCAGCGGCUACCCCAGCGGCUGCCCCAGCGGCUGCCCCAGCGGCUGCCCCAGCUGCUGCUUAAUCGCAGUACUUGGAACAAUACCGGACAGAACCGCCCGACUGGACCAUCAACUAAGCAGCAAACACGCACGCGGGCUGUGAUUUUGGAACCAUCAUCUUAGUCUUAUCCUGGCGCAUCAGCAAGGCAGAUGGAUUAUACUAUGAUUCAGCGUGCGGACGGAUGAAUAUGGCUAGCUUGGACUUGUGUGAAUGGGGCGGGAUGGUCUUCGGCGUCCGAGUGGGGGUUGAGAUUGUGAUAUGGGCAGCAGAAGAAUCAAGAUUGCCUCUUUCGCAUGCUUGCGAUGCGCAGCUUAAUUUCCACGAAGCAUCUCAUCACCCGUUCACAUCUCUGUAUUGAUACACCAUUUCUCUCAUAUUCUUCACGGUCUGUACAUUAGCGGCACCCGGAGAAUGGGGUUUAUGGGAUGGGAAAAGUUCAUGCCGGUGAAAUUGAAUGAAUGACCGUUGAUGAUUCUCCAAAAAAAAAAAAAAAAAGGAAAGAAAGAAAAACAUGCUCAUGUACUUUCACACAGCAUGCCCAUUCACGAACAUGCUUUGGCAUGCAGUGUGGCUGCCAGCCUGGGCUGGUGGGCGAGCGCUGGUGAGAUGGAUGGCCACUUCUCUGUAUUAGUACUGGCUUACAAGGACAUGAACGAAUAAAUCUGAAGGGCAAGUUGAUUUCCUCCA